CGCCGCCACGCAGCCACCAUCAUCCUCCCUUUGCGUUUCCCGGUGACUACUCUUCGCCUCUCGUGUGCUUAGCCCGCGCUCGCGAUGCUUCACAUCUUCCGGAAUGCGGGGCAGUCGCCAGGCACGGCCCUCGUGGCGCGUCUCGCCGCGGACUACCGGCCGCUAGUGGCCAGUCGCCUGGUGUUGCGGGCACAGUCGUCGGGCGCUUCGCCGGCGCAUGUGCCCCACCCCUUCUAUGCGUCGACGGGGUUCGACUCGGCCGGGCCCACCUCGCACGAUGCAUACAACCAAAUGCUGUCGGAGGCGCGCAUGCUCGGGUCGCACUCGAACAAGGACCACCAUCAUUUCCAUCACCAGCAGGCGACCGCCACUGCGGCGGCCAACUCGUCGCCGUUCCCCGCCGCGGCGUAUGCACCGCUGUCGGUCAACGACGAGCCCAUCGCCAUGGGGGACGGCCUGCAGUUUGAUCGGAAUUCCGAGCGCACACUCGAAAACAUGUCCAUCAACGCCGAGGAGACACUGGCCAUGAUGGACGCCUGCUUGCGCACUGGCAUGAUGGUGCGAGCCUUUUUCCUGUUCAACCGGCUGCGAUCCAUGCAGUACGAGUUCACGCCGAGAAUCUUCCACUCCAUGAUUGAGGCCCAUGUGGAGCGUGGAGGCAUCGCCAACGCCUUCGACGUGAUCCACCUCAUGCGCCACACCAAUGUCGAGCCUACGCCGGCUACGUUCGUGAAUUUGGCCAAGGCCGCCUUCGCCGCCGAGCCCGGGGCCGUGGAGGACUAUCUUCAUCGGCUGUUUGCCACGAUGUUCGAUUGCCAGCUACCGGUCCGGGGGUUCUGGGAGUCCAGCCGCUUUUCCGAGGAGGAAUCCCGCCAAAUCCAGGCGGCGUAUGAGUCCUUCGCCGCCUGCAGUGACAUGGUGACCGACACGCGGCACAUCCGGGAAUACCCCGGGAUCGGGGGCUCCGGCCUGUUUGACGAUCUGGAUGUCCUGUCUUCGGACCUGGGCCCGGCCUUCGGGGGCGGUGACAAACAGCCGAUGCCGGACUUCCAGCGCCUGAGCCAUCGGGUGGUGGCCUCGGGCCCGGGGGGGGGGUCCAUGGAUCGGUCUUCCGCCGGAAUGGACCUGUCCCCCGGGUCCUCCUCCUCGUCUUCGCUGCCGGCCGACUCGCUGGGGAACAAUGAGUGGCUCGGUGCCGAGUCCUCCCAGUCGAAUGAUCCGCUGCUGGAGCGGAUUCGCCUGUCGGAAUUCAGCACCCCCUCCAUCGAGCAGAUGCGGCGGAACCUGCGCCCGGUGCUGGAUACCAUGCACUCGGCCGAGCGUCGGCAGGAGCAGGUGGAGAUGAUGUCGGCCAUGCUGGCCCGGCAUGAUCGACGCCAUGAGAAUGCCCUGCCCCGGAGCCAGCAGCUGGACACCAUCAUGGCCGGCUGGCGGGCGGCCCUGGUGCCGGCAUUGGAGCGGGAAAUCCAGUCCAUCCGCGAGGGGGAGGGUGCAUCGGCCGGGGCGGCCUCCGAGUCGCAUGUGCCCUUCCUGAGCCUCCUGAAGCCGGAGCUGACGGUGGACACCCUGCUCAAUGAGUUCAUCAGUCACUAUGGCGCGGGGCCGUCGCUGGGCAUGCGGUCGACGCACUUGAUGCUGGCCAUUGGCAGUGCGCUGGAAAGCACGUACAAUGGCCUGAAGCUGAAGCGCCAUCGUGCGCAUUUGAAUUUGUCGGACCAGCGCAUCCGGCAAAUCCUCGGGUCUUCGCGCAUGUUCAACACCAGCCUCCGGCGGCUGAUGAGCAGCCAUGAGCACAAUCUCCGGUCGAACUUCGGCAAUUGGCGUCCCGUGUGGCCGGGGGUGGUGCGCGCGCGUGUGGGCAGUGUCCUGCUGCACUUGCUCCUGUCCAAUGCCUACAUCGAUGUGCCGGUGACUCGGCCGGAUGGGAGCACGGUCUUCGAAACGGUGCCGGCCUGGUACCAUACGUAUGCCUUUGUGGCGGGCCGGCGAGUGGGAGUCAUUCGGCCGCAUGCGCAAUUGAGUGAGAUCCUUUCCCAGGCCAAGGCCCUGAAUACCCUGCUGCCGGGGCGGCUGCUGCCGAUGUUGGUCCCGCCGCGGCCAUGGCUGACGUACAACUCCGGCGGGUACUUGACGCAGGACCGGCCGUGCAUGCGCAUUCGCGGGUCGCGCUUGCAAUUCCAAAUGCUCCGCGCGGCUUCGUAUGCCGGGCAAUUGACGGAGGUCCUGGCGGCGUUGGAUGUCCUGGGCCAAACCCGCUGGCGCAUCAACACCCGCGUGUUGGAUGUGGCAUCGGCCGUGUGGAACAAUGGCGGCGGGGUGGCGGCCAUCCCGGACCGGAAAGACAUCCCCCUGCCGGAGAUGCCGGCCGACAUGACGUCCCUGUCGGCGAUGAUGCGCCGGCAAUUGACGGCCGACACGCGGCAGGCCAUCAAGAUCAAUCGCGAGCGUCAUGCCUUGCGGUGUUCGACGAAUUACACGCUGGAAGUGGCGCGCGCCUAUGCCUCGGGUCCGUUGUACUUCCCGCAUACGUUGGACUUCCGUGGCCGGGCGUACCCGGUGCCGCCGCAUCUGAAUCAUCUGGGCAACGAUCUGAAUCGCGGGUUGUUGCUCUUUGAUGAGGCUCGGCCCUUGGGCGAGCGGGGCCUCUUCUGGCUGAAGGUGCAUUUGUCGAAUGUCCUGGGCCAUGAUAAGAUUGCCUUUUCGGAGCGUGUGGAAAUUGUGGACGGCAUGCGGGACAGGCUGAUCGCCACGGCGGCCGAUCCGCUGAAGCACACCUGGUGGCAGGACACCGAAGACCCGUGGCAGGUGCUGGCCACCACCAUCGAGUAUGCCAAUGCCAUGGCCCUGGACCGGCCGGAGGAGUAUGAGUGCCGGCUGCCGGUGCACCAGGAUGGCAGUUGCAAUGGGCUGCAGCAUUACGCGGCGCUGGGUGGCGAUGUGGCCGGUGCCAUGUCGGUGAACCUGGUCGGCAGCGACACCCCGCAGGAUGUCUACCUGGCUGUGGCCAAUGUGGUGGAGGAUUUGAUCCGCAAGGAUUUGGAGGAUCCCAGCACGCCGGCCAACUUGCGGGAAAUUGCGUCCAUGAUGUCUGGCCGGGUGUCCCGCAAGGUGGUCAAGCAGACGGUCAUGACCAAUGUCUAUGGUGUGACUUUCAUCGGCGCGCGGUUGCAAAUUGAGAACCGCCUGCGCGAGGAGAGCAUGGUCCCGGAGCGGGACUUCUACCGGGUGUCUUGGUACCUGACGCGAAAGGUGUUCGAUUCGCUGCAGCAAAUGUUCCAGGGCGCGCGUGAGAUCCAGAACUGGCUGUCGGAUGCGGCGGAGGAGGUGUCGCGGUCGCGCAUGCGCGAGCAGGUCCUGCGCACGGUCAUGGAUCGCCAUGAGGAGACCCUGCGCGGGGUGGCCGGCUCGGGGCCGCUGCUGAACCAGCUGCGCCCGGCCGACGGGACCAGCGAGGUCAUCUGGACCACGCCGCUGGGUCUGCCCAUUGUGCAGCCCUACCGCAAGGGUGGCCUUCGGACGAUCCGCACCACCAUCCAAACGGUUCAGGUGAUGGACCCCGGCGCCCAGGCGCUCGUGAAUGUCCGGCGCCAGCGUGCGGCCUUCCCGCCGAACUUCAUCCAUUCGCUGGAUUCGACGCAUAUGCUGAUGACGGCGCUUUCGUGCGCGCGUGAUCUCGAGAAGCCGAUCCAGUUCGCCUCGGUGCACGACUCGUACUGGACACACCCGUCGGAUGUGGACGCGCUGAACCAUGUCAUUCGUGAUCAGUUCGUGAAGCUGCACUCGCAGCCGAUCAUGGAGAACUUGCGCUCGGAGCUGCUGAGCCGGUACUCGUCGCACAUCGUGCACAGCAGCUACCCGCCGGCGCACGUGCGCAACGCGGUGCGCGCCUUCGGCGAUCACGACGAGGAGGCCUCGGUGGCGGCGUCCGGCUUCGGCGGGGCCGUCGGCAGUGAGAUGUCCGUGGUCGGGGACUCGGACCUCAUGAUGGAGGGCGAGCUCGGCCCGGAUGAGGAUGACCUGGUGGACCCGUCGGCCUCCGGGGCCAUGACUUCGGACGAGGCCGGCGGCUCCCUCUCGGAGGAGGGCCGCACGCAGGCCGGCGUGUCGGGCAAGUCGUCCGACCCAAGCAACCAGCUGUGGAACUUCCACGCCGGGGUGGAUGUGUCCUCGGUGCUGGCCCCUGGCGAGGCGGAUCUGGCCCAGGUGCUGUCGGUGCAUCCGGUCCGGACGCUGGCCGACUCGUUUGCGCGCAUUCCGCACCCGCUGUACUCGGCGUCCGAGGUGGAGGAUGCCCAGCGUCUGGAGCGCCACGCGGACUUCCGGGCCAUGAACACCAUGCGCCAGGCGCAGCGCCGGGAGCGGUCACGCCGUUCGCGCGAGGUUGUGCGGGAUCUGCCGCUGCACGACAACAUGGUGGUGUCGGACCUGGAUCUGGAUCUGUCCCGGGUGAACAAUGUCCUGGUGACGUCGGUCCUGUCGAAUUACCGGAAGCUGUACAUCCGCCCGGUGCCGGACCGUGGUACCUUCGAUGUGUCGGCGGUUCGCGACUCGCAGUACUUCUUCGCGUAAAGGGGAGCCAAGGGGCGAGGCGCGGCCUGGCGCCCUGGGACGAGGGGGUCCUCUCCUCCCCGGGGGCCGGUCUUCUUUCUCCUCUCUCUCUCUCUCUCUUCCUCCCUCCCGGCCACGC